UGCUAAAGGUUUUCGCCAUAGUGUUUGUAAUCCACUCGCCUUGUGAUGACAGGGACGGUUACAGUACAGUAUUAGCAGUGCAUCUCUAAUGGACACAGAUGUGGUGAAUAUGCGGACGGACGACAAGCAGUGUGAGAAUGGGCACAAAGAUGUGGAUCCACAGAGUACCGAAGAUGAGCCGCUACUCAGAGAAAACAAAAGGCGGUUCGUCAUCUUUCCCAUUCAGUACCCCGACAUCUGGAAAAUGUACAAACAGGCCCAGGCCUCGUUCUGGACUGUAGAAGAGGUGGAUUUAUCAAAGGAUCUGCCUCACUGGGAGAAACUGAAGCCGGAGGAGAGACACUUCAUAUCACAUGUCUUGGCUUUCUUUGCGGCGAGUGAUGGCAUUGUCAACGAGAACCUGGUGCAGAGGUUCAGUCAGGAGGUGCAGGUCCCAGAAGCACGCUCUUUCUAUGGCUUCCAAAUCCUCAUAGAGAAUGUGCAUUCAGAGAUGUACAGCAUGCUGAUCAACACCUAUAUCAGGGACCUAAAGGAGAGAGACUAUUUGUUUAACGCUAUUGAGACCAUGCCUUGUGUGAAAAGAAAAGCAGACUGGGCCAUACAGUGGAUCUCUGACACAAACUCUACCUUUGGGGAGAGAUUAAUAGCGUUCGCAGCAGUAGAAGGCAUUUUUUUCUCGGGGUCAUUUGCCGCCAUCUACUGGUUAAAGAAAAGAGGGCUGAUGCCUGGACUUACAUACUCAAACGAGCUCAUCAGCCGAGAUGAGGGUUUGCACUGCAAUUUCGCCUGCCUUAUGCACAGUUACCUGGUAAAGAAACCAUCCGCUGACAGGGUGAGGGACAUCAUCACUGAAGCGGUUAGCAUUGAACAGGAGUUUCUAACUGAAGCUUUACCAGUCGACCUCAUUGGAAUUAACUGCUCUCUGAUGAGACAAUACAUCGAGUUUGUGGCUGACAGGUUGUUAACCGAUUUAGGAUUACCAAAGGUAUAUCAGGCAGAGAACCCCUUUGAUUUCAUGGAGUCCAUCUCACUGGAAGGAAAAACCAACUUCUUUGAGAAGCGAGUGGCCGAGUACCAACGAUUUGGAGUGAUGUCAAAUACAGUGGAGUGUGAAUUUACUCUUGAUGCAGAUUUCUAAUGGGCUACAGUGUACAGUAUAUAAUUGAAGCUGAAGAACAUCUACUUGAGAAGAAGUGAAAGCAGUCAGUUCACAGGAGCAAAAAAGUGGUUCGUUCAAAGUCCUCCGAUACUCUGAUGUUAAAUUUUUGCAUUUUUGCAAGCUGUGAGAGAGUGAAGACUAACUGUUAGGCACAGAGAAUUUUAUGCAAAACUUUUUCUCUAUUAUUGUUGGCUUAUGUGAGUGUCCAGUGAAAUAUGACUACAACAGAACACCACUUACAGUCUGUAAAAACUGAAAUAUUUAAUAGGUUUGUACUAGGAAAAUACUCACAAUAUUUCCAGUUGGGAUGCCCUUUUUGUUUUUAAGGCUAAUUUCAGCUACCUCAGUUGGUACUCUAUCAAACAAUCAUGCUGUGAGAAGAUUGUAAGUCUUUUAUAAAAAAAAAACAGUUCAGAAAUCAUUUCAGUACCGUCAAAUCACAGCUCCUUUUUUUAAAAACCUGUUCAAACAUUGGAUGUUGAUAAUUGUUGUUUUAUUGUUUUACAGAGGGAUGUAAAGUAACAGUCAUGGGUGAUUUAGGUAUUAUUUUAUUUAUUUUAUGUUACUCUUCUGCUGUAUUCAACACAGUGUUAUAAGAUCUUGAACGCUGAUUAAAACUUUUGAUCUUAUA